CGGGAGGGGGAAGGCGGCGCGUGCGCAGGUGUCGAGCGUCUCCAUGUCGCGACGGGCCCUGAGGAGGCUGCGGGGCGAGCAGCGGGGCCAGGAGCAGCCGGGGCUGGGAGAGCUGGGACUGGACCUCCAGAGCGGCCCGGAGGAACUGCCCGCGCCCACACCAACUCCUGCGGCGAGGGGACAGCGCGGGCCGGGCCGCGCCCGUGUCAGCAACCGCUUCGAGCUGAUCCUCACUGAGGAGCCAGAGGAUGAGCCCCUGUCCAGGGCAGAGCGAGGGGACAACCGGACCAGAGAGAGGGACACAUCAGGAGGGAACAAUGAAGGGGCUGUGACUGAAGAGACUGAAGGUGAUAGGCAGAGGGAGGAUGAGGAAGAAGAGCCUGACCACACGCCUGUGUCAAGUAACAAGCCACGGAAGAAAAAAAAGAAAAAGAAAACCAAGAAAAGUUCAGCAGGGGAGACUCUGGAAGACCAGGACCUGGCAGACAUCGACAGCCUGCUGGAGAGGAUUGAGGACACCAAUGGGCUGUCCCAGCGCAGCCAGGGCGGGAUCAUUGCUGACAGCAGGCCCCUGCUCUACGUAGAGCACAGGAAUUUGAAUCCAGAGAACGAGUUGAAGAGAUACUUUGGGGCUCGUGCUGUUCUUGGUGAUCAGAGGCCGAGGCAGAGGCAGCGCCCGUACAUCCGCAGCACGUGGCUGACAGCUCCCAAGAACACGUGGCCACGCUACAGCAAAACAGGUAUUGCCAUGCAGCUGGUGGACACCAGGAGGGGGGUGCAGCACUUCACCUUUGAGCACCACCGCGAGUACCAGCAAGUGCAGUUCAAGUUCCUGGAUGCUGUGGAGUCCAUGGACCCCAACAACCUUGUGCUGCUGCUUCAGAUGAACCCCUACCACGUGGACUCCCUCCUGCAGCUCAGCGAUGUCUGCCGCAUGCAGGAGGAUCAGGAGAUGGCCCGUGAUCUCGUAGAGCGGGCACUGUACAGCCUGGAGUGCUCCUUCCACCCCGUGUUCAGCCUGACCAGCGGGACCUGCCGGCUGGACUACCGGCGGCCAGAGAACAGGGCUUUCUUCCUGGCUCUCUUCAAGCACCUGAUGUUCCUGGAGAAGAGAGGCUGUCCCCGGACAGCCCUGGAGUUCUGCAAGCUGAUCCUCAGCCUUGAUCCUGAGAAUGACCCACUCUGUAUGCUGCUGCUCAUUGACUUCCUGUCCCUCCGAGCUAGAGAGUACAGCUUCCUGACCCGCAUCUUCCAAGAGUGGGAGAGUCACCGGAAUCUGUCCCAGCUGCCCAAUUUUGCCUUCUCGGUGCCGCUGGCUUAUUUCUUCCAGAGCCAGCAGGAAGAAGCUGAGACAGAGCUGAGCCAAGCCCGGGAGAGAGCUGCCCAGCUCAUCCAGCUGGCCUUGAUCAUGUUCCCAAGUGUUCUGAUGCCACUGUUGGAUCACUGCAGUGUGCAGCCUGAUGCCAGGGUCUCAUCCCAUCCCUUUUUUGGGCUGAAUGCUCAGAUCAGCCAGUCCCCUGCCUUGAACCAGCUGACUUCCCUCUACGUGGGAAGGACUCACUCCCUGUGGAAGGACCCGGCUGUCAUGGCCUGGCUGGAGACCAAUGUCCACGAGGUCUUGCGCAUAGUGGACGCCCGGGACCCGCUGGUGGAGGAGGCUGAGCACAAGAGGAAGAUGAGGUACCAGAGUGCCCCCAGGAAUAUCUACCGGCACAUCAUCCUCUCGGAGAUGAAGGAGGCCACGGCAGCACUGCCUCUGGAGGUGACCUCGCAGCCCAUGAUGGGCUUUGACCCCCUUCCUCUUUGGACUCCAUUGUUCUUACACCAGACCAGAAAGGACACAGCAACCAUCCCAAUGAAAGCACUUAUCCCUCUUCUUCCGCUCGCUGUUGCCAAUUUUAACUUGCAGGGAGACAUCAGGCACGACGGGGAUGAAGAGGCUGGAGCAGGGCAGGACCUUAACCAGGGGGUGAACAGGCUCAUGGCAGCCAUGCGGGACAUGCUGGCCAACAUCCAGUUCCAGGAACCCCCCCGAGAUGACAAUCCUGACGGUGACGGGGACUGGGACUGAGCUCAGAGGAUGCCUGUGUGUCCCCCAACCCUCUGUAACCAUCCCCCCAACACGUUUCACCCCACAAUAAAGUCUCACAAACCCCCA